GUAACACCAUUACUACCGGAAAUAAACAACUCCACGUGCACAGGCGCACGAAAGAACAACGAGCGGAAAAUGUUCAGUGUUGAGGAUCCGUGAUUAAACCAUCUAAUGUCAAAAAUGUCGAAGAAAAGACAGAAUGAAGAUCAGGGGAAAGAAUUAAAGAGAAAGAAACUGUUAUCUGAGGUUGCCAGAGGAAAGUUACAGUUUUUGAUGCCUGAUCAUCCAGACUUCAAAUCACUGAUGCGAGAGAAGUAUUUCAACUUUGCACAUGAACCCAGCAGCUGUAUUCCAACAUCCCUGCAGGAGGAACUGCCAUGGGCAUUGAACACACUCCAUCACCAUGGUUACUUCUAUCGGGACUGGGUGAAGGUCAAGGGUCAAACAGUCCAGACGCCAGUGUCGCGUACUCUGAUUGGUGAACCUGAGACAACGUAUAAGUACCUGGGCUUGCGUCUGUUUGCAAUCCCAUGGUGCUUCGGGGAUCAUCAAGUGGAGAGCGAGGUCGAAGUGGCAUGUGGGAUUAUUGGAAAACUCAACGAUCACUUCAAAGCCGUCUCUAGGAAGUUACUUCUUGAAAGAGCAGGAGAAAAGACUAAGCCAGAGUCUUGUAACUCCCAAGGAGCUGCACAAAGUCCUCUACAUCACAGUCCAAGCGAGGAGACCAAGAGUUGUUCACCAAAAACGACAACUUAUAGCCCAUCCAUCCAGGAGGGAACCGAUUUCAAUGUUGUGCUCAUCAACUACAUGGACCCAAAGGAUCCAGACCUGAGAUUGAAGGCGGAGCCUUAUUAUGGGAUGGGCCCUCUGGCUGUCAGCUGGCACAUGGAUAGUAAUCUGGUCCGGGGCUCCACUGUGGCUGUAUACAAUCACACCUGCUCAUCAGAUGGAGACAGUUCAAGCGACUCCUCUGAUUGGAUGGUUGGCCUCAAGGUAUCAUGGGAUAUCGAGACACCAGGCGUGGCCGUACCGCUACAAACUGGCGAGUCAUACUUCAUGUUGGGGGAUCUGAAUGAUACACAUCAGCAUUGUGUAGUGGCUGGUGGCCAGGCUAGGUUCAGCACAACUCACCGAGUUGCUGAUGUAAGUUUUGGUUAACUUUAACCCAUCAGCAUUGUGUA